AUGAAAAUCACGAUCAAUAUUGAACUCGCACACUCGGAGCUGUACAAGGCGGCACACCUUCAGCAGACAGUGUCCGAGCUAGACCCGAAUGCGGUGGUGCGAUUCAAGACGGAUACAAGCUUCCUAGCACAGCGCAUCAAGGAUGCGGUGAAGGCAAAGCAGUACGACACAAUAGUGAGCGAGCUGGUCCACCGUCUCUCAGAUCCUGCGUCCUUUGCGGAUAGCCUAGAGGUAAUGUGCUCAAUCGCGUUCUUCAGCAAAGGCCGUGUGGACAGCGGCGAGAGCGUUGCUCCAUUUGUAGAAGUGCUUAGUCGUCUGCCUGAGGAGGCGAAGACGCACGCAAGGGAGGCGAUCGUGCAGCGCGCGAUGACGUUUCUGUCGAAGCCACGGCGCCUGGACUGUAGCCGUGCACCCUUAAUCGGCUAUGCGGAGACCUUGGCCAUGAUGACGCGAAGGGAGCUGCUGAGCGUCCGUAGUGUCGUUGGGACUUUGGUGCAAAUGAUCGAGAACGACACGACUCGGACUGCUGGCAUGACGUGCCUGGGCAAAUUAAUGGAAGUCUCGUACGAGGCUGUCCGGAACUGCGACACUGCGAUGCUGAGUGCUUUGAGAAGCGCGGUUCGCCUCGCACAGAUGAACGAUACAUUCCUGUACGACGUGGAGUACAUUAUGGAGGCAUUUGGAUGGUCGCCGUACAAGCCGGCGCUGAGCCUGCGUCGCUCCAGCUGCCAUCACGAGUACCCCAUUCUCUCUCUUGCCUACUGCGGUGGUGCGAACCAUCGCGAGGUGGUGGUGAGCUCCUCGUCGGACGGCACGAUAGGAACGUGGGACGGCGUCGGCGUGCUGCUGCAGAACGUCCUCCUUUCGCGCCAUUACGCUUCUUGCUUAGACCUCACAAACCGCGGCCAUACCCUGAUCGUCGGCGCGGUGGGGCGGUACACCAAUACUCCGCCGGCCGUGAUCUUUUACAAUGAAGAUGGCAAUCGCAAGGCGCAGUGGCAGGAGUGCGGCGGCACUGAGCCCGACGACGCUAACUUCAUCUCUAGCCUCAAGUGUCUGAAGGACUCGUCCGGGUCACGGUACUGCGUCGGCGUGCAAACGUCGAACGCGAACUCCCUCAUGAUCUUCGACGGUCAGCACGUGACGCAGCGCUACUUUGAUCACACGGACAUCAUCACCACCAUUCACGUUCCCAGUGACCGCGAGAAUCUGGUCAUCACCGGGUCUCGCGACUGCUCGACGCUGAUCUACGACCUCCGAGACCCUCGCAACGUCAGCGCGGCAACGCACCACACGAACACUGUUUCCUGCAUCACGAGCUGUGACAACAACCUCUUCACAGCUGGACUCGACAAGCGCGUUGUUGUGGAGGACUUUCGAAUGCUGCGCAGCCCAAACGUGCAUCGCGACAUGGACAGCGCUGUGUUGAGUAUGUCUGUUAGCAAUUCUCUACAGUGUGCCGUGGCGACGCUUACAGGUGUGUACCUGAUCAACUUUUCUAGCAGCACCUCCGUACCUACGUCGUCGCGCUCCGACUGUGGCGGGGGUGCCUCUCGCUACAACGCCGUAUGCUGGAACAAUGCCGGCACCAUCCUCUUCGGCGGCGGCGAGGCACACACACUGGAUUUGUUUGCCCCUGCGUACGAGCUAAACUCUUUUGAGGUUUAA